AUGGACGACAAAUCGCCAGUCGGCGAUGCGAGUACCAACUCGGACACUGAUUCCCGCCGCUCAAGCAACUAUGAGCAAGGCCGGGAAGAGAUUCGUAUUUCUAACCCACAGGGCAUGACAAUGGCUCAAACUGGUGUUGAUGUCGAAAAAGCCCAGUAUGAAUUUUCGGAGCUCAACAGACAAUUUUCCAGUAUUUCACAUCAAGCUCGCCGUCUGUCCAAACAAGCAUCGCGGGCGUCUAAGCCAACGGCUACCGGUGAAGACGUCGAGAAAGCUGGAAGUUCAGCCGACUCUGAUGAGCCAUGGGAUCUGGAAACCACUCUGAGGGGUAAACGAGCCGCGGAGGAAGAAGCAGGCAUCAAAGACAAGCACAUUGGUGUUAUCUGGGACAACCUCACGGUUCGCGGCAUCGGUGGCGUGAAAACCUUUAUCAAGACCUUCCCUGAUGCCAUCAUUGAUUUUUUCAACUUCCCCGAGACCAUCAUGCACAUGCUGGGAUACGGAGAUAAAGGCACGGAGUAUAACAUUCUGGAGGGUUUCCGAGGCCUCAUAAAGCCCGGAGAGAUGGUGCUGGUGCUGGGACGGCCAGGUUCUGGAUGCACUACAUUCCUCAAAGUCAUUGCCAACCAAAGAUUCGGGUAUACUGGUGUCGACGGAGAAGUUCUGUACGGCCCUUUUACGGCUGAGACAUUCUCAGAGAGAUUUCGUGGCGAGGCCGUAUACAACCAAGAAGACGAUAUCCACCAGCCCACUUUGACAGUCAAGCAGACCCUUGAGUUCGCGCUCGAUACGAAAACCCCAGGGAAGCGACCUAUGGGUGUCUCCAAAGCCGAGUUCAAAGAGAGGGUCACCAACAUGUUGUUGCGCAUGUUCAAUAUCGAGCACACUGCCAAUACUGUGAUUGGAAACCAGUUUAUUCGCGGCGUUAGUGGUGGUGAGAGACGCCGCGUGAGCAUCGCAGAAAUGAUGACAACGUCUUCCACUGUUUUGGCAUGGGACAACAGCACGAGAGGCCUUGAUGCUUCCACUGCACUAGAUUUCGCCAAGUCAUUGCGCAUUUUAACUAACAUUUACAAAACAACCACAUUCGUUUCGCUCUAUCAAGCAUCCGAGAAUAUCUAUAAGCAAUUUGACAAAGUUCUGGUCAUUGACAGCGGCCGCCAGGUGUUCUUUGGCCCCACCGAUAAAGCCCGCGCAUAUUUCGAAGGACUCGGCUUCCGGAAAAAGCCUCGCCAAACUACUCCCGACUACCUGACUGGCUGCACCGACCCCUUUGAACGAGAGUUUCAAGAAGGGCGAAGUUCUGAGAAUGUGCCUUCAACCCCUCAGGUACUGGUGGAAGCCUUCGACAAGUCCACGUUCAGCGAGCAGCUUGACGCAGAGAUGCGGCGGUACCGCGCCCAGGUCGAACAGGAGAAGCAGGUUUAUGAUGAUUUCGAAAUCGCCAACCUAGAGGCCAAACGCAAGUACACCCCCAAAUCCUCCGUCUACUCGAUCCCCCUCCAUCUCCAAAUCUGGGCUCUGAUGCAGCGACAAUUCCUGCUCAAAUGGCAAGACAAGUUCGCUUUGACCGUUUCCUGGCUUACCUCUACUGGUAUUGCGAUUAUUCUUGGCACUGUAUGGCUGAAGCAGCCUGAGACCAGCGCUGGUGCCUUUACCCGUGGUGGUCUACUGUUCAUCAGUCUGCUGUUCAAUGGUUUUCAGGCUUUCUCAGAGCUUGCGGGUACUAUGAUCGGUCGAUCCAUCGUCAAUAAACAUCGAUCCUUCACUUUCUACAGACCAACGGCACUCUUCAUUGCUCAAAUCAUUGUUGACACGACGUUUGCCAUCGCAAGAAUCCUGAUAUUUGCCAUAAUCGUUUACUUCAUGUGUGGUCUUGCCCUCGACGCAAGUGCAUUCUUCACGUUCGUCUUGAUCAUUCUCACUGGGUACGUCUGCAUGACUGUGGUAUUCAGAACAAUCGGCUGUCUAUGUCCCGAUUUUGACUACGCCAUGAAAUUUGCUGCGGUGAUCAUCACACUUUUCGUCUUGACCUCCGGCUAUCUCAUUCAAUGGGCUAAUCAACAGCUCUGGCUGCGGUGGAUCUAUUAUCUCAAUCCAUUCGGUCUCGGCUUUGCAUCACUUAUGGUCAAUGAGUUUAGUCGUCUGACGAUGACUUGCACAAAAGAUUCCCUGAUUCCGAAUGGGCCCGGCUAUACGGAUAUCGCUCACCAAGCUUGCACUCUUGCGGGUGGUGAACGGGGAUCGGCACUUAUCCCAGGAACCAACUACUUGAUGACAACCUUCGCCUAUGCAAAUGGUGAUCUCUGGCGAAAUUUUGGAAUUAUGAUUGCUUUGAUUAUUGCCUUCCUGGGUUCCAACUUGUAUCUGGGCGAAAACGUUCAAUUUGAAGCUGGUGGUAAGACGAUCACUUUCUUCCAGAAGGAGAACAGUGAACGCGAGGAACUCAACAAAGUCUUGGAAACCAAGAAGGCCAACCGGCAAGCAAAGACAGUAGACACUGGGGCCAAUCUUAAAAUCAGCUCGACCUCAGUCUUCACCUGGGAAGACGUCCGCUAUGAGGUACCAGUGCCAUCUGGAACGCGACAGUUGCUGAAUUCUGUCUACGGAUAUGUUCAGCCUGGAAAAUUGACUGCUCUCAUGGGUGCAUCCGGUGCCGGGAAGACAACUUUGCUGGACGUUUUAGCCGCUAGAAAGAACAUUGGUGUGGUAUCGGGAGAUAUCCUGGUUGAUGGCCGAGCCCCAGGAACGGCCUUCCAGCGAGGUACAUCCUAUGCCGAGCAGCUGGAUACCCAUGAGGCAAUGGCGACAGUCCGAGAGGCUCUACGCUUCUCUGCGGAUCUCCGUCAGCCAUUCGAAACGCCACGGUCGGAAAAGUACGAAUACGUCGAGGAGAUCAUCAGCCUACUGGAACUGGAAAACUUGGCUGACGCGAUUAUUGGAACCCCCGAGACUGGUCUCUCGGUCGAAGAAAGGAAGCGUGUUACCAUCGGUGUUGAGCUGGCAGCCAAGCCGGAGCUGCUGCUCUUCCUGGAUGAGCCUACCUCGGGCUUGGACAGUCAGUCUGCUUUCAACAUUGUCCGAUUCUUGAAGAAACUCGCAGCAGCUGGUCAGGCUAUUCUUUGCACCAUUCACCAGCCUAACUCUGCCCUGUUCGAGAACUUCGAUCGCUUGUUGCUCCUUCAAAAGGGUGGCGAGUGCGUUUACUUUGGAGACAUUGGGGCUGAUUCUCACGUCUUGCUGGACUACUUCCGUCGUAACGGCGCUGAUUGUCCUCCUGAUGCGAACCCGGCCGAAUGGAUGCUGGACGCCAUCGGUGCAGGCCAAACACGACGUAUCGGUGACCGUGACUGGGGUGAUGUCUGGCGUACCUCGCCAGAGCUGGAGGCGGUUAAGAAAGAAAUUAUUCAAAUCAAGUCGGAUCGAGCUCAAGUCGUCGUCCAGACGACUGAUCAAGGUCAAACUGCGGUCGAAAAGGAAUAUGCCUCGCCUCUGUGGCAUCAGGUCAAGGUUGUCGGACGACGAACCCAUCUCUCCUUCUGGCGUUCUCGAAACUACGGUUUCACUCGACUGUUCACCCACGUCGUUAUCGCUGUUGUCACUGGUCUAGCUUUCCUGCAACUCGACGACUCACGCUCCUCGCUUCAGUAUCGAAUCUUCGUCAUCUUCAACGUGACGGUGCUUCCUGCCAUCAUUCUUCAACAAGUCCAACCUAAGUACGACAUGUCACGACUGAUCUUCUACCGCGAGUCGGCAUCCAAGACAUACAGCCAAUUCGCGUUUGCGUUCUCCAUGGUUCUAGCCGAGCUUCCAUACAGCAUCCUGUGUGCUGUCUGUUUCUUCUUGCCUCUGUACUACAUCCCGGGCUUCCAGUCAACCAGCGAUCGUGCGGGAUACCAAUUCCUCAUGGUCCUCAUCACUGAAAUCUUCGCCGUAACACUGGGCCAAAUGAUCUCGGCCCUGACUCCGAACAGUUUCAUCGCAUCCCAGCUCAAUCCCCCAAUCGUGAUCAUUUUCUCACUCUUCUGUGGUGUCGCCAUUCCCAAGCCGCAGAUGCCCAAAUUCUGGCGCUCCUGGCUCUACCAGCUCGACCCCUUCACGCGCUUGAUCGGCGGUAUGGUUGUUACGGAGCUUCACGGUCGUCCGGUCAAAUGCACGGCAUAUGAAUGGAACUACUUCCCGGCACCCGCUGGCCAAAACUGUGGCGAAUAUAUGAAGCCAUUCUUUGAGCGUGGAGGUAUUGGGUACCUGCAGAACAAUGCGACGCAGUGGUGCAGGUAUUGUGCGUAUAAGAUUGGAGAUGAAUUUUAUUCGGCAUUCAGCAUGGACUUUAACAACCGGUGGCGUGACCUGGGCAUUUUUAUAGCGUUUGUGGUGUCAAAUCUGGUUAUCUUGUUCUUUGCGUCUCGGUUCUUGAACUUUAAUCGAAGAUAG